UCCUUAAUUGUAUCGAUGGACUUUACUGUGGCUGAAUCAAAUACUCAUGUGCGAACAGUUUUUUUUAACAAAACGCGAGAUUUUGUUGGUUAUUUACAUGGCCGCAGCCGCCGGCUUGCAACCAUCCUUCCUCUUUUGUUUCAACAGACGCGGCCAAGAAACAAAAUGCAGUUCAUGCUGCUCUUUAGCAGGCAGGGAAAACUGCGGCUUCAGAAAUGGUACGCGCCACUGUCUGACACACAGAAGAAGAAAAUCUCUCGUGAGGUUAUACAGACGGUGCUGGCACGCAAACCCAAAAUGUGCAGUUUUCUGGAAUGGAGGGAUCUUAAAAUAGUGUAUAAAAGAUAUGCCAGUCUUUACUUUUGCUGUGCCGUGGAGGACCAGGAAAAUGAGCUGAUCACCCUGGAGAUCAUCCACAGAUAUGUGGAGCUGCUGGAUAAAUAUUUUGGCAGUGUAUGUGAACUGGACAUUAUCUUCAACUUUGAAAAGGCCUAUUACAUCUUGGAUGAGUUUAUACUGGGUGGAGAAGCCCAGGAGACAUCCAAGAAGAAUGUUCUGAAAGCCAUAGAGCAGGCUGACAUGCUACAGGAGGAAGCUGAGACACCACGUAGCGUUCUGGAGGAGAUUGGACUGACAUAAAACUUUAGAAUUCAUCCUGUCCAAAUACUAACACAAAUCAUUCUUCUGUGGACAUGUUCUCUAUAUCUAUGUUUUAGGUUAGCUUAUGGGCAAAAGCAGCGUUUUAAAAUCAGCACUUCCUACAGAAACAAUUAGGUAUCGAAGCCUGUAUUUUUACUGACAAACGUCUUAGGGAAUUGAGCACAUUUAAAUCUACACCUCUAAGUUCUGAUACUGUAGAUAUGCAAAUUUCCCAUAGUGUUCAUCUGUUUGGGUUCAGGAUUAGGACAGAACAUAUGUAGCACAGAUUUGUGUCAGCAUCAUCAUACCUUUCUUGCCACUUCCUCUGUCUUAAAACAUUACCUCUCACUUUCAGCUGCCUUAAAAUACUUACUUCCAUCUGAUACAAUUUGCCAGUAUUUUAUGCAACUCCCUGUUGGUCCAGGUCAAUGCAAUGUGAGCCUGAAUCUGUCUCUGUUUAAAAAAAGAAACUGCAGAAAUGUUAGGGACCAAACUUUCUUAUUCUGUUUAAAAAAGGGAAAAACAAAAAGCGACGACGGAUAACAUUGCAGAUGGUAGAAUUGUAAAUUGGACACUGAGAACUUUUUGGAACAAUGUUUUGCAGAUAAAAAGGCACAAGAAGUAAACAUCAGUAUUAGUGAAUUCUUGACCAGCGACACUGUAAAGAUUUCCUCCUGCAAAAACGUCAUUGGUUAAGGCAAAUCAGGAGAUUUGCCAUUCAACAGCUGUUACAGUUUUAUGUCCAUGCCAAAGAAAUCACCAUUUUCAUGCCUUUUUUCCUUUAAAUCAUGUUAUCUUUGUAUACUUUCUUAUUAGACUAUGAUUCUCUGCCUUUCUCUUGGAAAUAAAUGUCCUAUGAAGCUUCAUCAAAACAAAAUGAAAAAUAAAAGUUAGAUAAUGCA